UUCUGUGUUUUACUGUUUACUUUAACUUGGCACAUGACCUGUUUGUAUUCGGUAUCAUGGAGGUGGAUAUCAUUAUUAUCUGGUUACUACAGAUAACGAUGAUAGUGCAGGCAGAUGUUUGUCAAAAGCUCAGUCCAUGCAAGUGUAAAACUGCAGAUGGAGUGGUGGAUCUGACGGCUUUGCCGAGUUCAGCAGUAGUUACUGAUGCAAAUUAUAGUUACACCUUGAGUCUCUGUACUGGAGUAACGUGUGCUGAAAAAAAUGGAGUGUCUGUUUGCCAGACAGACAGAAAAAAAACAGUGAAUUCCUAUGUGAAUGGAUAUAUUAGAACUGCAACAUUCAGUGGAGACCCUGAGAAAAAUCAACUUGUACUGAGUUACACUGGAGCUACUGCUUCUACUUCCGCCUUAAGAAAUAGUACUAUUUUAUUAAUCUGUGAUGAAGAUGCCUCAAAUGAUGUGUUUUCUCUGCUAAAAGUAACACCCCAAGGUCAAGUUAGUUAUAGUUUCAAGUUAGUGAGUAAACAUGCCUGUAUUAUAAAAAAACAACUUAGUGCAGGAUCAGUCUUACUCAUUUUAUUUUUCGUAUUUGUGUUGGUUUAUCUAAUUGGUGGAAUUUUAUUCCUACGAUUUUAUCGAGGGGCCAGUGGCAAAGAAAUGAUUCCAAAUUUUGAAUUCUGGAAAGAUUUUCCUUUCCUUGUAAAGGAUGGUAUGACGUUUACGUUCCGCGGGUGUAAAACAGACACUACGUAUACCCAGAUAUAAAGAUCAGAAUGCUUCCAAUCAUCUUUAGCGUGUACUGUCACUGCCAAAGUUUAGGUUGAACAAAGAAGAAAUUCAUAUCUUUAGUUAGUAUUUAAUUUUUUACAAAAUUUACUUAUUUGGUUGUAUGAAGUAAAUGAAACUUCCACAUGUAUUGUUAAAAUUUAUUCUUAAGAAAGGACUUUUAAUUAGAAUUUAAAGGGCAAUAUUAUGUUA